CUACGUCCAUUGGGUAGAUUGUCGGCGGUGUGUCGCACGAGCCCAUGGCUCCUGCAUCCAGUACCGAAGCAGCGAUAGACCCUGGUUGUGCCCUUUGAGCCGAACCGAUAAAAUUCCAACCGAGGCACGGUUCCUCAACGCCACGUGAGAAGGGUUGGAAAAGACCCGGAAGUUUAGAAGGGCAGAAGUCUGGACGGAUAUCGCUCUAAUAGCUACCCUGGUAGGUAACCCCCUUCAGGACUUCACUAAGGAGGACCGGAGGAGGGCCAACGAAUGAGCUCGCGAUUAUCGAUAAGUCGAGGGUAGGUUAAAAAAGCACAAAACGGAUGGCAGUAGGAUUUGGAUGGUUGUACCGCAUCCGUUCAUGAGGUAUGACUGGGUAAAGACGGUGCAUGAGGAAACUGCAGCCCACUUCGCCGUGCGAAUUACGGAGGCGGCCAUCGAUAAGAACGAGUGGUAUUGGUAUUAUAUCAGCAAUGAUGUUAAGUUCAUCGUCCAGAACUGUCAAGUCUGCGCUGCUAACAAGGCGUCGAUCCAGCCGCUAAGAUCGAUAGUACCAACAGUAGUUGAGCGGCCGUUUCAAAGGGUAACCAUGGAUACUACCGAUAUCGUGGAACCUCCUGGUCCUAAUAGUUUACGAAUCACAAGGACCAGGGACGAGGAACACCGUGAGUGGUUUGAGUAUUUGGAGUUGAUGAUCGUUCAAGCCUGGAGGAACGACGUGGAAGGCGAUCUUCUCGGAUUCCUGUUCAGAUCGGUGUGCCCCAGUCAUCGCCUGCCGAUCACCUUGGAGCUAACGGUCCCCCUUGCGCAGCUAGCAGACGACAUCACCCUUGAGAUCGUCUCGCAAAGUGACGACAACUCGGUUCUGCAUGUCCUCAUGCGGACUCUAACGUCGUAUCUUCAGUGGUCGGCAUGCUUGGAGGAGCCAGGGACCACCCGCAACCCGCCAUCGCAGCGGGAUUAUCUGGACCCACGGAAGAUCAUCGAUCUCGCCUUUUUCCAAGAUCGGGUGGCCUCCGAGGACGAAGAAAUAGAGGUCGAGGAAGAGAGCACUGAGGAAGAAGAAGGAGUCGUCGAAGAGGACGAGGAGGAAGAAACCCCGGAAGAAGGCAGUUAUAGUGAGCACAGCGAGGGAGAGCAGGAAGAAGAUGAGGAAGAAGAUGAGGAAGAAGACGAGGAAGAAGACGAGGAAGAAGACGAGGAAGAAGACGAGGAGACAGAGCUGGAGGAGUCUGAGUGGGAGAUCUCGGCGGAGGAGCUCGAGCGAACAGAAGAGGAGCGUCUUCAAACGUGGCGGCAGAGGUGCACGGAGGUGGGCGGCGGUGGACGUCGUUUUUUGUCUUCAAAGGACGUGAUGGACGGCUGCGAUGGCGAUGGACCUGCUGUGCUGUCGACGACGGAGAAGACAGCUGUCGCGGCGGCUGCGGUUGCCGUUGUCCGUCGUUUCCAAAUCGAGAGUACGGUCGGGCGCAUGAAGGCAGCGCUUUCGAGGCAGCGGCAGAGGCUACUGAUGCAAAGGGUGUUGGACGCCCCAGACUGCAUCACCACAUCCCAAGCCGUGGUUCAGCUGUGUGCUGCAAUCGGGUGCGGUUUGCUUCCUCGGGCGACGCCACGUUGGUGGAUGCGGCGGAGAGCUGGCGGGACUUGGGAGGAUUUACGGUUGUGCGAUGACGAGACAGACGACUACUUCCGGGAAAAGCUCCGCAUGUCCAGGAGAGUGUUUAUGGAGAUCAGCGAAGCAUGUGCGCCUCAUGUGCAGCGGCAUGUGUCGUUUUACAGGGAGCCACUACAGCCGGAGCAGAUCGUCGCGUAUGCGCUGUAUAGGUGGGUCACAGGAGAGUCUUACGUUAAGAGCACAUCAUCCUUCGACAUGGGCAGGACUUCCGGAGUUCAAGCCGUGCGCGAUGUGACAACCGCUAUUUUAAGGCAUCAGCAAGAGACGGAGGUGGUCGUGCGGACAGUCUGCGCACUCCUUCACUACAAGCUCAGGGAAGAGUACGGCUACCCUGCGCCUGGGGUCCUGAACUUCGCUGGUUUCCUUACAGCUGUCAUCAUGGCUGCCGGCAUCCUCCCUCGUCUUGCACCGCGUUGGUGGGUUAAGCCCAGAGCCGGGGGGGCAUGGAAGAACAUGACAAGGGUGGACACAGCGCGUGGCGACUAUUACCACGACAACAUCCGUAUGGGGGAGGACGUCUUCCGUGGCAUUGUGGCGAAUGUUCGCGUACAUCUACACAGGAUGUGCACCAAGUGUCGUGCUCCAAAGCAGCUGGAACAGCUGGUCGCAUAUGCAUUGUAUCGCUGGGCGACUGGAGAAACUUUCGAACAUUUGGCUACAUCGUCCCAGCUCGGGCGUGAGACGGGUCGUGUGGCUAUCCAGGAUGUCUCUAAUGCGUUACUUAGAGCGUAUCCUGACGAAGUCACAUUCCCCACGGGUCAGAGGUUGGUAGAAGCAUUAGAGAGGUUCAGGGACAAGGGAUUCCCUCACUGUUAUGGAGCUAUUGAUUGUACACACAUCUACAUCGACAAGCCUGCCAGAGAGAUGGCUCAACCGUACUGCAACCGUUAUAAGAGUUAUUCCAUUGUCGCCCAGGUUGUUGCCGGCGCAGACCUUCGUGUGUAUGAUGUCAAUGUCGGCUGGCCGGGUUGCGUGCAUGAUGCCUGUGUGCUUCACCACUCAUCCCUCUUCCAUCGAGCCGAGUCUGGCAGGCUGUUCCGUCAAGAUCCGCUCCCGCUUCCCGGAGGGGUCACCACACGCGGUUACCUUCUCGGUGACAACGGGUACCCCAGCCUCCCUUGGCUAGUGGUUCCAUAUUGUUGGCGGCACAGGGUGGGCGAAGAUACCGAUUUGUUUGACGACACACAAAGGACUUGCAGAGGAUGUGUAGAGCGGGCGUUCGGGCGACUGAAAUGCAUGUGGAGAUUGUUCUUGCGCACUCACAAGCCCAACAUAGCACUGCUGUCGCUGCAGUUCCAGGCGAUUUGUAUAAUCCACAACCUCCUCAUCCGGUUCGGCGUGGAACCGGACCCCGAGCUGCUCCGGCGUGACGAUGAGGACGAAGACGACGAAGAGGAUGCCCUGAUCCCACCCCCUCCCGAAGAGCUGACGGUGGAGGGUGCUCGGAGAGCUGGACAUCGACUGAGAGACGCCCUUUGUGUGCAUGUGGGGGCGCAUAGCGUUGGGAUUGCGAACAUGAAUCACGAGCAUGCACAUCUCCAACAACUCCAUGAGUGACAAAUUCAUCUUCAUGAUUGUGAUGAUUUCGGAGGGUUAGCUCACCAAUUGGAGUUGAACCCACGAGAUUAUUUUCCUGAGGAACACGAUUACGCUUGGCUGUAGAAUCAAUCGCUUGAGAAUCG